UGAUAUCAUUUGCCAAAGAGAAGGAAUAUUAAUUAAUUUAAUUAACAGCCGAUCAGCUCCCAUUAAUGGCGACAUCUGAGAAGCAAGUGAUGGUGGUCGGUUUCGACGAUCAUGAACACAGCGCAUACGCUUUGGAAUGGACUCUGAAGCACUUCUUCGCUCCCUUUACCUCAAAUCCUCCUUUCAAGCUUGUCAUCGUCCAUGCCAAACCCUCUCCUCCCUCUGUUGCCAUUCCCGAAGCCUCCGAAAUUUUACGAUAUACAGAGGCAGACUUGAAAAAGAUAGCUGCCCGAGUUGCAGAAAGCGUUGAGGAAAUAUGCCGCAAUAAAUUGGAGAAUGAGGCCAUAGUGGAGGUGAUGCAAGGAGAUCCUAGGAAUGUUCUUUGUGAUGCUGUGGAGAAACACCAGGCUUCUGUGUUGGUUGUGGGUUGUCAUGGGUAUGGAGCUAUAAAAAGGGCUGUUAUAGGCAGUGUCAGUGACUACUGUGCUCAUCAUGCUCACUGCUCCAUCAUGAUUGUGAAGAAGCCCAAAACCAAACACUAAUUAAUAAGCCAUGAUCGAUUGAUCGAUCCUGCUUCAAAAAAUGUACUCAUGCAAUACCUACGUACGGCGGUUGCAUAUAUAUAUAUAUAUAUAUAUAUCAACCAAGUUUAGGUCCAAUAAACGUACGUGUGAAAGAGUUUAUGUAAUAUUGUUUUGUCUUUUUGAAUUGAGGGGGUUGCUUCAAGAUAUAUAAUUAAGUUAAUCUUUCUUAUUAAAGAUAUUAAUUGUGCAA